AUCCCAUCAUCAUCUCCUCCAUCAAUUUAAACCCCUCCUCCACAAUCCCCAACUCACAAAUUCACAAACCAAACCACCCAAAAUGCGUUUCUCAACCACCUCUCUUAUGCCCCUCCUGCCCCUCCUCACCACCACCACCACAGCAUUCUCCUGCAACUCUACCUUCCCUCUCACUGUGUGCUGCGGCGCAUAUAUUCCUUACGAAACCGGGAGUGCAACCGACUUGGCAAUUUUCUGUGGGCCAGCCCCGCUGAAUUCAACAAUUGAUAUGGCGACGAAUAUUACGAGUACUGAGGCGUAUUGUCCCGCUGCUGCGAGUGUGACGGAUCAGAGAUAUCCGGGGUGUUGCCAGAGGUAUGAAUCGAGGGAGGAGAUGGCGUUUAAUUGUUUGCCUCAGUGAGGGGCUAGAGAAGACAUGGGGGUUUAAUUCGUAGGAGAAAGAGAACUGGAAAUGGCUAUAGGAAUGUCUGGCUAGAAUUGGUGUCACAAUUAUAUUACUGUGAUUGUAUGCGCAGCUAAAUAUAGGGGGUUUGGCUCAUCACUCAUAAUAUUGCUACCAUACCUCUUAUGUCACUUAUCCUAACGACUAAAUGAAGUUGAAACAUUGAGUAUAUGCCUCAAUUGCAUAAGAUAGCUGGUG